AUGAGUGAGAAUUAUGUUAAUAUCAUAAGAGAGAUCUAUGAAAUUAUAAAAGAAGAUUUCAAUAAUAGUUUGGCUCAAAAAAUAAUAGAAUUUUAUAUUGUUAAGAAUAGCAAGAAAGUAUUGUAGUAUUAUGAUAAUAAUUUAGUAUGAUUGGAAAUUUAUUUGA